AUGCGUUUUCAGCGCAUUCAUCAAAGUUACUCUACUGAUAAAUGUACAGAUUUCUCCGCUUUAAAAGCAAGCCAGACGAUCGGUUGGCUUGGUCUCUGUCCGGGUGCUCCUAUUCCAGAUAAAAACGUAGAGAUCGCAAACCCUACUAAUUUUGAAUCAAACCAAUUGAAUAAAGAUAUCCCCUAUCCGGCUGCCUCGGAUUGGAGGCGCAUCUGCGGAUACUCAAAGACUCAGCAAGAUGAAGAAGAUCAGAACUGGGAUCUUGAUUAUGCAGAUGAAAAGGAGUAUGAUGGUGUAACCGACAUUUAUGAGCACAACCUUGAAGAAUAUGAAGAAGGAGUUGAAACUAAGAGGUCUAGACUUUUACCCCGACUUUCUAUGAGGAAUGCGGCUAAAUUUUUCCGUUAUACAAGGCUCGGUGGGCAGUCUAUCAUAAAAAACGUCGACGAUCUUGCAGACUGGUAUAUAACACAUAACUCAUUCCUCAAACUUGGUAAGCAGCCUUAUUUGGCUAAGGUAGGAAAACUUGAUAAAAUGCAUAUUUACCACCAGCUCACCUCUUCUCAUUCAAUUUAUCAUGGUAGAUUAACCUUUGUUAAUUAA